UUCUUUUCGAACCUUUAAUCCUAAAGCUAACAGAAUGUAUAGAAUCUUGGACGACACAUUUUGAAGCCAAUUCCAUGGCCGCUUUCCCAUUUCCUAACACUUUCUCUUUCACAAAAUCUUCUUUUUCAAAGUCAUUAACUACCGGUAUUCAUGAAAGGGUUCUUUUAGUUUCACCUACUUCCGGGAAAAACACCCUAAACACUUCCAACUACAGUCCCCAGAUUACCCUCUGUGCUCCUUCAAAUUCUCCACUUUGGUCUGUCACCGACAUAGCGCAAGCCGUCGACGGUAGGAUUGUAAAAUGGGGUCCUCCAGGAACCAUUUCUACGGAUACCAGAACCAUUGAACCCGGCCAAUGGUUCUUUGCCAUUGCAGGGGAAAACUUCGACGCCCAUGAUUUUGUAACCCUUGAAUUAUACAGAAGUGGGUGCGUCGGUGUUAUUGGAAAUCGUGUUUGCGAGAAUUGGAAAAUGGGGUUCGUCCAGAUUGAUGGCGACACCGUGAGUUCUUUGCUCAAAAUGGCAACAUUUGCUAGGAACAGGCUUCUUGGUAAAGUUAUAGCAGUUACUGGAAGUGUGGGGAAAACUACCACAAAGACUAUGAUAGCUCUGGGUCUUGAGAGUUUGGGGAGUGAAGUUUAUCAGAGUUAUGGGAACUGGAACAAUAGGAUAGGGGUUGCCUUGUCAUUGAUUGGGAUUCCUAGGAAUGUGGGGAUAUCAGUUUUGGAGAUGGGAAUGGAUCGGAGAGGAGAGAUAUUGGAAUUGGCAAGGCUGGGGAAGCCUGAUAUUAGAGUGAUUCUUAACGUGGGGGCUUCUCAUUUGGGAAACCUUGGAAGCUUGGAAGAAAUUGCAAUGGCUAAAGGGGAGAUUUUGGAAGAAGCAAAGCCUAGAGAUAUUUGUGUUUUGAAUGCUGAUGAUCCUCUUGUCAUGAGCCUUCUAGUUCCUCCAGGAGUUACAAGGGUGCUUUUUGGUCGCAGUUUGGAGUGUGAUGUCCGGCUGGUAGCAGCAGAAAGCGUUUGUGGUGGACUUGGUGUUCGAGUUGUCUUGCAGAAAAAUAUGGAGAUGGUGGAGUUUGUGAUUCCUGGUUUGGGUCUGCAUUUGGCUCUCAAUGCAUGUGCAGCAGCAGCAGUUGUAACCUCUAUCGGUGUACCCCUUUCUCAAGUUGGAAGAUCCUUAUCCAGAUACGUUCCCGUUAGCAUGAGAUCUGAGUUCAUUGUAGCUAAAAGUGGCAUCAAAAUAGUGAAUGAUGUUUACAAUGCAAAUCCUGUUAGCAUGAAAGCAACCAUUGACAUGUUGCAAAGGAUCGGUUGUGAUGGAAAAAGAGUUGCUAUUCUUGGAGACAUGUUAGGACUUGGUCCACUUGAGAUGGAGUAUCAUGAGGAGAUAUUGAAUUACUGUCUUGGAGCUCGUAUUGAUGUAGUCGGCGUUGCUGGGAAGAGGUUUCAUUUAGCAGCUGAUAAUAAGAAUUUAAUGAAGAAGAUGAAAAUUGUACAUGCAAUUGAUUCAGAAAAUCUUGUUCCCAAAAUCUUGAAGUUCUUGAAUAUGAACGACGUUGUCUUGGUGAAGGGUAGCCGUGGAAUGCGAAUGGAGAAAGUUGUUGAGGCACUUGUGGCAAUGCCGAGACUCACUCCACCUCCAUGUUCUGAGAAUUGGGAAUGAAGACAAGAACAAGUAUAAAACUUAUGA